AUAAUGCAACACCAAAGCUGUUUUCUUGCUUCCUAACAUCUGGGGGGUUGACAUGAUAUAUAACAAUAUAAUAUGAUCAGAGGUCCUACGCCUCUCAAGGAUCAAUACAAGCUCAUCAAGGCACCAUGUUGAAGAAUCAUAGUUCUCAGACAACACGAUAAUUAUAUAGAAGCCCUUGACCCCUUGAUUGCUCUAUCAAGUUCUGGUUUAAGAUCUUCCCUCCUGUUUGGAUAUCUUCAUCAUCCAAGAAGGUGUGGAUGUUGGCAUCAACCAGUGCCUUGAGUAGGUGGUCAGUGAAACUUCUAUACCUCUCAAGCUUAGAAACACAUCGUAUAUGUGAUCAUCAUGAGCUGGUGAAGAAGAUGAAGAUCUUCAGAAAGUUCAUUCAGAAUAGCCUUUAUGAAUACUUAAAAAUCUACGAUAAAUUCGAGAAAGGAAAAAGGGGAUUAUGAUUGGGGAUCAUUAUCAUAACAAGAAAGGCUUUGAUUCGAUGCGUCACAAUCAACCAAUUUAUCAAUCUAUCUUUAUAUUCAAAUAUCUCUUCUAUAGACUUCAUAUAUCAGGCCUUUUGUAGUAUAGUUAAAUACAACUUGGUUUGGAAUAGAUUCUUCUGUUUGUCUACAUAUAACCUUCCUAGAAACUCAUAAACCAAAGCUUUUAAUUUUUAAAUGUCACAUUUGAACGCCACUGCAAUAUCCCGCUUCAAACACUUAACGCAGCUCCAUGCGCAGAUCAUUCAGCAUUCACUCCACAACCAUAACUACUGGGUGUCACUCCUCAUCAGCCACUGCACGCGCCUCCGUGCGCCACCUAUCUACACCCGCCGCAUUUUCAACUCCACAGACCAACCAAAUGUGUACGCGUUCACCAACAUGCUCAAGUUCUACUCCCACAUCGGAGCCCAUACUGAUGUCAUCACCCUCUUUGGUUGUUUGCAGAUCUCCGGUGUCACACCAGACGCAUUUGUGUUUCCGAUCGUGAUUAAAUCAUUCGGAAAGGACGCGAUUGUCUUACAUGGUCAUGUUUUGAAAACAGGACAUCAGUCUGAUCGUUACGUACGUAAUGCUAUCAUGGGUAUGUACGCGAAAUAUGGGCCUAUUUGUUUUGCACGUAAACUGUUCGAUGAAAUGUCUGAGAGGAUGGCUGCAGAUUGGAACUCCAUGAUUUCUGGGUAUUGGAGAUGGGGUAAAAGGGUUGAAGCUCAUAAACUGUUUACUUUAAUGCCUGAGAGAAAUGUGAUCACGUGGACUGCAAUGAUUACAGGAUAUUCAAAUAUACAAGAUUUGGCAACAGCAAGGAUGUAUUUCGAUGAAAUGCAAGAGAAAAAUGUUGUUUCUUGGAACGCAAUGUUAUCAGGAUACUCCCAAAAUGGGUUUGCAGAAGAGGCUAUAGAAUUGUUCAACAAGAUGAUUAGUUCCAAUGUUCAACCUGAUGAAACAACAUGGGUUUCUGUCAUUUCAUCAUGUUCAGAGCGUGCAGAUCCUAAUCUUGCAAAUUCACUUGUGAAAAUGCUCAAUGAGAAGAAUGUUAGAUUGAAUAGCUUUGUUCAUACUGCAUUACUUGACAUGUAUGCAAAAUGUGGGAAUCUUGAAGCUGCUAGAAAGAUUUUUAACGAGUUGGGUGCUUUCAGAAAUGCUGUCACAUGGAAUGCAAUGAUUUCUGCAUAUACACGUGUUGGUGAUUUAAAUUCUGCAAGACAACUGUUCGAUAAAAUGCCAGGGAAGAAUGUAGUGUCAUGGAACUCAAUGAUUGCUGGCUAUGCACAAAAUGGUCAAUCAACAAUGGCAAUUGAUAUCUUCAAGGAAAUGAUCAAGUGUUCCACAAACAUAAAACCAGAUGAAGUUACCAUGGUAAGUGUGAUAUCUGCAUGUGGUCAUUUAGGAGCAUUGGAGUUAGGAAACUGGGCUUUAAAAUUCAUAAACGAAAACCAAAUCAAUCUGAGUAUUUCGGGUUACAAUUCUUUAAUCUUUAUGUACUCCAAAUGUGGAAACAUGAAAGAAGCUCAAAGAAUCUUUAACAAAAUGAAACAACACGAUGUUAUCUCCUUCAACACUUUGAUUACAGGUUUUGCAGCUCAUGGUGAUGGAUUUUCAGCUAUUGAUUUAAUAAAAAAGAUGAAAAAAGAUGGUUUUCAACCCGAUAGAAUCACGUAUAUCGGUGUUUUAACAGCUUGUAGUCAUUCGGGACUAAUAAAAGAAGGUGAAAAACUAUUCGAAUCCAUACCCACCCCAGAUGUUGACCACUAUGCAUGCAUGGUUGACUUAUUAGGUCGAGUGGGUAAGCUUGAUGAAGCCAAAAAGUUGAUUGAAAAAAUGCCAAUGGCACCUCACGCAGGUGUAUAUGGUUCGCUUCUAAACGCGAGUCGAAUUCGAAAAAGAAUUGAUCUUGGAGAGUUUGCAGCAAAUGAGCUUUUCAAAAUUGAGCCACAAAAUUCGGGUAAUUAUGUUUUGCUUUCAAAUAUGUACGCAUCAAUGGGGAAAUGGGGCAAUGUUGAGAGGGUAAGAAAGGAAAUGAAAGUAAUAGGAGUAAAGAAAACAACCGGAUGGAGUUUCGUGGAGUAUAAUGGGAAAUUACAUAAGUUUAUUGUAGGUGAUAAGUCGCACGAAAGAUCGGAUGAUAUAUACAAGUUAUUAAUGGAAUUAAGAAAGAAAAUGAGGGUGGUUGGGUAUAAUGUUGAUAAGGAGAGUGUGUUGAGAGAUGUUGAAGAUGAAGAGAAGGAAGAGAUGGUGGGGACUCAUAGUGAGAAGUUAGCGGUUUGUUUCGCUAUUCUUGUGAGUGAAAAAGGGAGUAGUAUUAGAAUUGUGAAGAAUUUAAGGGUUUGUUGGGAUUGUCAUGAAGCUAUGAAGAUUUUGUCAAAGUUGGAAGGUAGAGAGAUUAUUGUAAGGGAUAAUAAUAGGUUUCAUUUGUUUCGUGAUGGUUUAUGCUCUUGCAACGAUUAUUGGUAGGUUAUAGAACUGUAUUUUUGCAUGUAUUGGACUGAGACUGAUGUCAAUGAAACAAAAUUGAAA